AUGAAGGGCAGCCCGGCAGGGCUGACUCAACUCUUUUGCUUAGGCACUCCCUCCCGUCUACCUGGUCGCCCAUCUGGUCGCCCUUCUGGUCGCCCAUCUGGCCGCCCACCUGGUCGCCCAUCUGGUCGCCGGAGACAUCUGAUUCUGAAGGAGAUCCGACAUCUUCAGAAGAGCACACACCUGUUAUUAAGGAAGAUGCCCUUCUGCCGCCUGGUAAGAGAAAUAUGUGUUAAAUUCACUCGCGGUGUGGACUUCAAUUGGCAAGCCCAUGCCCUGUUGGCCCUCCAAGAGGCGGCAGAAGCGUUUCUAGUACAUCUCUUUGAGGACGCCUACCUCCUCUCCCUACACGCCGGGCGUGUUACUCUCUUCCCGAAGGAUGUGCAGCUGGCCAGGAGGAUCCGAGGCAUCCAGGAAGGGCUGGGCUGAGGUGCCGGCCGCCCCUGGAUGAUACCAGGGACUCUGGCUGGAGCCGGACCGAUCCAUGGCGUCCGGGAUGCUGCCUGGACGUGCCGUCUCUCAGCAGAGUGUGCAUGUUGGUUUUGUAAUUGUUGGGUUUUUUUAAAGAACUUCAUGGCUCUCCUCUGCAACAAGGUCACAUAGAAGAAAAUCAACAUGGUUCCAGAGGCCUGCAAAUUACUUUCAGAUAGAGACUCUGAGGUUGACUUCGGUUUAUAAAUUGCUCACAUGACUGCUUAGUGAUUCUGAAGACGUCAGAUUUGUUGAUAAUUACCAUUUAAAUGUCCCCCCCCCAUUUACAUUUUUUUACCAUAUGUAUAUUUACUUCUAUUUAACACAUAAGGGAAAAAAUAAGAAAAGAACACCAGCCAGUUGCAUGGGGGAGCCUAUAACUCCUUGUCCUUCAGAUUAACUUCAUUGGUGGCGGCAGAGCCACACACUCUGUCUCUAUGGCCCAAUGGCCUGGCACUGGUACUGAGCCAUGUACCAAUGUCAGGCCAUUGGGCUAUGGAGUUGGCGUGUGGUGAACUGUCAACAAAUGCAGCUUCUCAAAAACUCAGCUGGGGUGGAAACUGAAUAUCUUUUAAAGUUAAAUGUUCUGACUCUUCUUAGUAAAUGUCUGUCAAAAUCAUUUGGAAGCUCUAUCUUACAGAAUUCUGUUAUUUGUAAAUCACAGAAGAUGCAACAUAUUUAAAAUUUUUCAUCCCAGGAUUUUAAAGUGACUUUUCAAUGUAUUGACAGGUAUUUUCAUAACUUCUUUGUGGGGAGAUUAUAAAAAUAAAAAUAAUUCUUUAAUGAAAAAA